AUGCCUCCCAAGAAGGACAAGGAACCAAAGGGUUUCUCCCAGCCCCCUCAGCCAUCAACACCCUUGGCAGGGACAUCCGGAUCCCAGGAAUCGGCGCCAAAGUACCGCUUGCAAGAUCAAACCGCGUCACCACCUAACCCUACCCCCCUACCCGUACCCCAGCCGGUUGGGCAAGAUCAACGGUGCCCCCCGACAACGCCGCUUCGACAGGACCCGUCUAAACCACCCGGCAACGGUAAGCAGGGGAAAAGGAAGAGAAGGACGUCCCCGAAAACCCCCGAAAACCUCAUCGAGCCAGAGGCUUCGACUGCAGCAUCCCCGGUAGCCGAUAAUUCGCCCCCGAGGAUACUAAAGCCCCCGCCGUCCGAUAACACCUUACUCCCGCCUCCGCAGCUAGCUGAGGCAAGACAGACAACGACAUCCCGACCCCCUCCUACAAUCAUCGAUGCUUUUGAACAAGCUCUACCCCCGGUUCGACUAGCAACAGACUUCGGUACCGAGUUGGGAGGACACGAAUCCAGCAUGCUCGUGAAAUCGACAGUCCCGCCGCCAUUUUGGAUUGCCAGGAAAGCAGAACAUUACCUCGAGCUUGCCGAUUGUUAUCUCUCCACUCCCAAGGUCAGGGCUUACCUAAGUAAUCAUUACCUCCCAUCUCUAGAGCCUACGUUCCGCGUCAGGAGGGAGGCUGACGUCGUGACGUUUACCGCGACUCACCUCACACACGCCGCGAACUUCGCGCUGGGUGGUGCCGUGUUUCCUGGGGAGGUUGAGAUGCUGUCGGAGUAUCAGCGGGGCCAAUGCCGCCCUGAUUGUAUCUGGAGGCUCGACAGCACUGGUGGCGAUGAAAAUAGCGGUGAUGAUGCGGUGAGUGGGAGUGGUGGUCGCAAGCAGAAUAAGCAACAGAGGAAAAGGACUGGUCCUGUUUUCGCCGUCCUGGAACUCAAGAUCACAGGCGCUUUUAACGUCUGCGAUUUCGACAAUUCGAAGGUCGAGGAGAGCAACCUGUCUAAAGGGAAUCCGAAACGAACCCAGAUCGAGGGCGAAAUUUUGUCACCCAUGAAGCAAAUCACGACAUACGGGCAGAGCGAGAACUUCGACACUCAAUAUGUCGCCUGUUUCGACGGAAGGACCCUCUUUCUCGGGGUCUUAUUGCCUGGCCCAGAGUCCACCACCGCCCCCUUCAUCCGCGGCACCGUGCUCUCUUGCCAGGGCGGGCUCGCCGAAAACGGCAAGGGGCAUGAGUACGCCAGGAAAGCGCUGCUCGGCUGGCUGAUUGAAGCCCGGCUGGAACAGCGGGCCGACAAAAACCACCAUGUUCCCCGGAAGCUUGAACCCAGGCCACUCCAGGCCGCAGAGGCCGCAGACACCCCCCGAGGGGGGCAGGAUGCCGUAUUCACCGAAUUUGCCGCUUUCGCUUCUGGCACCUUCGCAAGCCUUGUCAACGAGCGCCGACGUGAUAGAAGCUUCGCCACCCUCCACUACCCCGAGAUCAGGGAACGCAUCUCCGAGGUCUACAACGCACACCCAGACACCUUGGGAAGUCGCAGGAAGGCAGGCCUCCUGCGGUCUCUGCUUUACCAGAUCCUGACCCAGGACCCGAGCCUGAUGCCCCAGCUCUGCCCGGCGCGCUGGGCCUCGGGCCCGUUCACCGAGCAGCCCCUGGACCCCUGGGACCGGACGGAGGUCUGCGACACGCUGCUGGCUCUCUCACGCACCCCGGCUAACGAACCGCCGCCAGCCGCUCACUCACGACGCAUCUGUAUCUUCUUCGACGGACUCGACGAUUACCGCGACGACCACCGGGAACUGCUGGGCCUCCUGUUCAAGGUAUCACGGUCCCCACACUUCAAGAUCUGCGCGUCCAGUCGCCCCUGGAUCCAGUUCCACCAAGCGCUCCAACAAACGGAGUGGACGCUUGCCGUCCAGGACCUGACGCGUGACGACAGCCGGCGGUACGCCAACACCAAGCUCUGCCCCACACAGCCAGCCUACCUCUGGAUGGAAAACCACGACCCAGCCAUAGCGGACGCCCUUGCCGAGGAGAUCUGCCGGCACACCCAGCCGCCUCGAGAAACUCCCUUCCGAUACGGAUGCCUACCUAACUUCACCCUGAUGCUCGACACCAUCGACACGGUCUACCGGCAGCGCCCGGCGCGCAUCUUGAAGAGCCUGACAGACGCCACGACGCCGUUGCCCGUUCUACUAUUCCACUUCUUCGACCUCGAGGAAGAAGACGCCGAUUACGCCACCGGGAAGUCUCUGCAGCCGGUGCCCGAGUCCCGCGUGCUGGCUACCGUGAAGCCGAGAUGGUACCAGCUCAUCGCGCAGUGCAAGGACCUGGUCAAACUCAACUGUGACCCGCACGAACCGGGCAUGCUCCGUGACCGGGUCAGUUUCCUGCACCGCACGGUGUCCGACCUUUUUCGCACCGAGUCGAUGGAUUCGCUGCUGAACGCCCGCGUGGGGGUGGGCUUUGAGCUGAGACUGACGCUCUCACGCGGGUUUCUGGCUAUGCUGCGGCUGAUCCCGCAGUGGUGGGUGACGAGUGGGGUGAUCAAGAUGGACCGGAUGCGGCGAUUUACGCUGAGGAUUCUGGUGUAUGCGCGGGAACUGGAGGAGUUUGAGAUAAACGCGCAGAUUUACCCGGUGCUUGAUUGUCUGGAUGAGGCGUUGGCGUUGACUCUUGGGGACGACGGAGGGACUCUGGAAUAG